AGCUUAUCCUCGUUAUACUGGUUACAGCAAUCAACCUUGCAUUUGUCCGCUCGAUGCCCCAAAAUGUUAACGUUCCAUCUCGCAAAAACUGCACGAAAUGGGAAGAAGGUGUUUUAAGCAAAACAUUAAGGAGCCUUUGUACCCUGCAUGACCCAAAUAUUCGCUUGAUAACGGUGAAUGGAAGCUUACUGAAGACUCUGAGAAAGGAAAAGAAACUUACCCUCUACCACCCCCAGGCGCAGCGACUGCCCUACGGUAUGCCAAAUUUCAUCAGCAGACGAAAGAAAAGAGAGGUGCAGCUAUUCCGUCUUUGUGAAGAAUCUCUCGGGGGCAUCUUCGUUCUUGUUGAUGAUCAAGAGAACCUUGUUUACGAGAUACGAACCGUUCAAUGUGGAGAUGGCUGUUAUGUAGGGUCUGGAACAGUUCGAAUAGGGGAUUGCGUGACAAAGAAAAAAACAAUAGAGGUGUUGGUCUCGGAUGGUUGUAAUGGGCUGAAGCCCAAAGUGAUCGAAGUUGGGUGUAACUGUGAGUGCAUGAAGUAUCUACAGUUCCUUUAAAUCAUUUCUAUUUUGAUUUGAGCUCUGUUAAUUAUUUAUAUAUUGGCAAGCCCUUGUCACGUGGGCACUGAUUGCGUUACAGAGAAAAAUUAAACUAAAUUUGUAAUGGGCCUAAGUGGUCAAAGUUGGUUAUGACUGAAGAAUGAUUCAGUAUUUUCUAUUUGUGUCGAAUAACCUAAAAUCAAACGUUUCUUCUCGUACUUGCAUGCUAUGAACUUGAACAUGAAUUUAAUUUGAAAUUGAAUUUAAUAUGCACACAUAUUUACAAAUUCACGCUUACAAUUAGAGGGGAAAAGGAAAGAUAUGACAGCAAACAAGUGAUAGAAUUAUUUAGUGCGUAGUGAUGGUUAAAGUAGUUUUGCGCAUUUGAUCAUAUCCGUUGUGAAAAUUAUUUGAGCUCGUUAUAUCUUAAUUACGUUUAUUAUCUAUAAUACAUAAUAUGAUAAUACGCAGCAAUAUGAAAAAAAAAAUUGAUCCAUUCUCCAAAACGAUAUUUAUGGCCUGUUUCAAAAAGGUUAUUGAAGCCAAUUGAUGGUUUUCAACCAUUCCCAAGAAAAUUAAAUAACAAAAGACACGACGGCCAUGUUGGAGGAUAUAACAAAAGAAAUCAUUGACAAUUCUUUUGUUAAGUUCCUCCAACAUGGCAGCCGUGAAAACCAUCAAUAAAGGCGAUUUCACUAGACGGAAGGGAAUUAACACAAAUAAUUGAGGCCUUGUAAACAGUUUUGUCAACUACAAACAACAUUUGACAUCUCAACACUAACCUCAGUGUUCGUGACUAGAAUAGGGAGUAGAAACACAGGUCAUUUCAGCUAUUCUUGGGUCUUUGAAGGACCUAUCACAUAUAGCCUAUUGUCUAUCGCUUUUGUCUUCAACAGCCUUAUCACGGAUGAAUUAGAUAGGUAUUCACACCUAUUUCGAACAUCGUUGUCGCACCAAGAGCCUCAAGUAACAAGCCAAGGCUCCAGAGAACGUCGGUACUUUUAAUUAUAAUUGAUUUAUUCAUGGUUCAUGCAAGUGGCUAUAGCU